AUGAAGACUUUAAUUGUUGUUGACAUGCAAAAUGACUUCAUUUCCCCUUUGGGCUCCUUGACUGUCCCAAAAGGUGAGGAAUUGAUCAAUCCCAUUUCAGACCUGAUGCAGGAUCCUAGCAGAGACUGGCACAGAAUUGUGGUUACAAGAGACUGGCACCCUUCCAGACAUGUCUCGUUCGCCAAGAACCAUAAAGAUAAAGAACCUUAUUCCACUUACACCUACCGUUCUCCAAGACCAGGCGAUGAUUCUACCCAGGAGGGUAUCCUAUGGCCUGUACACUGUGUAAAAAACACCUGGGGCAGUCAGUUGGUCGACCAGAUAAUGGAGCAGGUGCUCACCAAGCACAUUAAGAUUGUCGACAAGGGUUUCUUGACCGAUCGUGAGUACUACUCUGCCUUCCACGAUAUUUGGAACUUCCACAAAACCGACAUGAAUAAGUAUUUGGAAAAGCAUCAUACAGACGAAGUUUACGUUGUCGGCGUCGCUUUAGAUUACUGUGUCAAGGCUACUGCCAUUUCUGCCGCGGAACUAGGUUACAAGACCACCGUCCUGCUGGACUACACGAGAUCCAUCAGCGAGGAUCCAGAAGCCAUCAACAAAAUCAAGGAAGAACUGAAGGCCCACAACGUCAACGUAGUGGAGAAAUAA